AACACCCAUACAGCAACCUGCAGUUCAACGAUACCCGCCCCGUCCUCAAGACUGACCGCAACGGAUUCAAGGAGGAGCUUAAGACUGUAGUAACGGAAAAGAGACUGAGCAACGGCGACGUCCCGCCCCCGUUGCCCGAAAAACCGCCGCCGGAGAAACCGACCACGCCCACUACAGAAAAUGCCGUCAAAAAGGACAGUGGCACGCUCUCGCGCAAGGCUUACUUCUCGUUCAAGUCGCGCUUCCGUCGCGCCACGUCCAUGGCGGUGGACAUCAAUUCCGACGUGCCGAGUGCCCUCAAGAUCACCAACUCCACCUUCUACCUCACGGAUUCUAUGGACGGCGACUCCGGAUUCAGCAACUGCAGCGACAACGGGCAAGCGGGCAGCACCGAAACUCUUUCCCCGGGCAGCGCAGGCCGCCGCCGCGAUGGUACGCGGGAGCCCGAGCUGGGGCGGAGGCCGCGCGCGUGGGCGGAAUCCACGCCCUGCUUAGCGCUCGAGCGACCGACCGCGCCGCCGCCGCCGCCGCCGACCGCGACCGACCUUAGCGCUGUCAACGAAGAACUAAAGCGCCUGCUGCCGACGCUGUCGCGCAAAGACAAGAGCCCGCGCACACGCACCUCGUGGUAUGCAGAGUGCGGCGCCAGCGACACCGCCUCCGUCAACACCUCUAAUACCUGCUGGUACGCGGAAGCAGGGCUGUACCAAGUGGGCAACGUGUCAUCGUCAUCGGGAGCGUCCUCGGGCUCGCAUCCCGCGUCGCCGCUGCCGCACUCGCUGUUCACGCACGAGCCGCUCUACCAGUUCUACAACGCGGCUAAAGUCGAGUCGGUGUGUCGCGAAACGGGAGAUUCAGAUUCGGACGCGUACGAGGCAAGCGGUGCGGGCGCGUGCCCCCCACUGCCCCCCGUGCCCCCUCUCGCGCCUGACGCGUCGGUGCCCCCGCCGCUGCCUGUGAGGCCCUCCGCGAUGGCCCUCGUGGCCCCCAGGGGCCCCGCACGGACCCUCUGGUGUGAAGUGCCGGAGGUCGUCAAUUCUGCUGUACUGAGUUCCUUGGCGCCCGCGCAGAAGCGCCUGCAAGAGGCGAAGUUCGAGCUGCUGACGUCAGAGGCGUCCUACCUGAACUCGCUUAACGUGCUGGAGGCACAUUUCGUGGCGCACCCCGCCUUCCGCGAGCCACAUAUACUGUCCCGGGACGACUGGGACACGCUGUUCGCGACCAUACUGCCUGUGCGCAAGUGCUCGCAACUCCUGAUGAACGAGCUGGAGAAGUGCUGGCAGGACAACAUCCUUCUAGCUGGCAUCUGCGACAUCGUGCGCGAGCACGCCGAGCGGCACUUCGCCGUGUACGUCAAGUACUGCGAGCACCAGGCGCUCAUGGUGCGCGCGCUGCAGCGGCUGAGAGAAAAGCCGGCGUUCGCUGCAGCGCUGAAGAGACUGGAGAGCCACCCGGCGUGCCAGUCGCUGUCGCUGCACAGCUUCCUGAUGCUGCCGAUGCAGCGGGUCACGCGCCUGCCGCUGCUGCUGGACGCCGUGCUCAAGCACCUGCCGCCGCAGGACCCCGAGUACCAGGGCUGCAUGCUGGCGCUCGCCACGCUCAACGGAUUCGUAUCACAGUGCAACGAAGGCGCUCGGAAUACUGAACGAGUCGAGGAGAUGUUCCGACUCGCUCAGAUCAUCGAGUUCCCGCCGCACAUCCGCGACCCGCCACUCCUUGGCCCGGCCUGCGGGCGACGGGAUAGAAGGCCGGUACGCUGGCUGGUGCGGUCGGGCGAGAUGACGCAGCUGGUGUGGAAGGCGGACGAGCUGAAGCUGACGUUCGGCAAGAAGUUCCACAAGCUGCCGCUGCACCUGUUCCUCUUCAACGACCUGCUCGUCAUCACCAAGAAGAAGAGCGAGGAGUCAUACGUAGCCGUGGACCACUGCGCCCGCUCACUACUGGAGGUGUGCGGCAGCGACGGCGGCGCGGCAGCUGCGCGACACGCGCUGCUGCUCACGCUGCUCGAGAACCACGAGGGACGCACCGUCGAGAUGCUGAUGUCGUGCCCGAGCGAGACGGACGCGUCGCGCUGGAGCGAGGCGCUGGCGCCGCCGGCCGACGGCGCGGAGGGCGAGGCGGUCUACGCCGGCUGGGACUGUCCGCAGGUGGCUGCGCUCUACGCCUACCGCGCCGCCCAGCCCGACGAGCUGCCGCUGGCCGAGGGAGACAUCGUCAACGUCACGCGCAAGACCAGCGAGGGUUGGUACUACGGCGAGCGAACGCGCGACGGCGAGGCGGGCUGGUUCCCGGGCGCGUAUACGGCGGAGAUUGCGUCUCCUCACGUGCGCGCGCGCAACCUGCGCCAGCGGUACCGCCUGCUCGCGCUCUCCGCCACCUACCUCGCGCACAAGCGCCGCCCACUUUGAGGCAAGCCACGCCCACUGGAUUUGACAGCUGAACGGAUCGCAAGCGUCGCCCCCUCUGAGGCAAGCCACGCCCACUGGAUUUGACAGCUGAACGGAUCGCCAAUAUUGUCAGAUGCUGAGCAAGCCACGCCCACUCCGGACUUGACAAAAACGAAAUCGCUAACAUUGUCCGAUGUAUAGUUAGCGCCGCUCUGAGGGAAGCGACGCCCACUCUGGAUUUGACAGCUGAACGGGUUCGCCAAUACUGUCGGAUGCAUACUUAGCGCCGCUCGGAGACAAAAGGCUGCUGGUGUCUCCGGAUUUUGAAAGAACAAGAUCGUCACUACCGCUCAUCUCCAACUCUCAAAUGCGCUGCCUGCUCAGAGCGAUUAACACCUACAUUUGCUCCAGGUUGGGCAGCUGAGUGAAUCGGCACCGGUCUGAGCGGCCUACUUUCUCUCGCUCCAGAUUCCACUCCGGACUUGACAAAAACAAGAUCGCUAACAUUGUCGGAUGUAUACUUAGCGCCGCUCUGAGGGAAGCGACGCCCACUGGAUUUGACAGCUGAACGGGAUUGCCAACGCUAUUGAAUGUAUACUUAGCGCCGCUCUGAGAAAAGAGGCUGCUGGUGCCUCCAGAUUUGAGAAAACAAGAUCGUCACUAAUCCACUCAUCUCCAACUACCAAGAGCGCUGCCUGCUCAGAGCGACUAACCUACACUCGGUCCAGAUUGGGCAGCUGAGUGAAUCGGCACCGGUCUGAGCGGCCUACUUUCUCUCGCUCCGGAUUAAACAGCUGAGCGGAUCGCCAAUCACCACUCGACCGCUCAUCUCCAGGCAACGCUCUUAAAUACGCGGCAGCUCUAAGGAAACGAAGACACCUUUAAACCUUGGUGACAAAGACUGCUAUGCGGCAAUUGCCCGUUUAGAUAAGUACUAACGGCGUGAGAGACGACCGCUUGAAAAACAUUACAUUUUUAAACAGGUUUCCGAAGUUCUGAAUUUACGCGCGCGUAACUUAGAUUAAGGUGUCGCCACUACAUUACCACAUUUAAAUAACAAAUUAGUCAUUCUGAUACUGGUUUCCGGCUUAAUUAAACUGUGAGCCAGCAACCGUUAUGAGAUAAAAUAUUUACGAUAUCAAGUUAUACGACUUUGAACCUAAUCUUUGGCAGGAAAGAAUUGCAUUCUACGAAACGGACAUGGUGCUCCUAUAGAAUCUACUGUAUAUCUAGAAUAACUACACCUAAUUUUCCUUAUUUCACUAGUUACUGAAAGACAUCACAAAAACUAAAUAAUAUCACAGUCUGACAAACACUUAGUAGUUUACCUAUUAGCUUUAACAAUCCAAAAAAUAUUGACACAUUGAAACCACAACUACUCGUAUAUCAAAUGGUGCUCACUUUUUGGAACCGCGGUCCUCGCGAAGUUUGGUAGGAGUUAUUUAGGAAGUCUGUAAUUUGCACUAUUAAGUGUGACGCACUAGAACGACGCUCGUCCGUCCAGACACUGCCUUUACUUAGACGUAAGAAGCGUACUUUUGGACACGUUUACUAACACGGUGCUCGCUGUCGCCCACUCGAUGGGACGGGGCUGACUCUCAAAGAGUAUUCUUUAUAAUGCUAUGUUUAAUUAUUGUUAGAUGUGAAAUGUACAGUUACGCAUGAGAUUCACGGCAAUUUAUUGUACAGAAUAUUUUCUAAUUAGGAACCUUUACUGAUUAGUUGUUAAGUUUACGAGUGUAUUCGCCCACUAUAUUGUGUAGUUUGUAUGUCUCCGCUUCGCUUGACCGCAAUUUCUUAAAUUACCUAGUCAUAUAAGCGAAUGAGUCAAAUGUUAUAUUAUUACAUAUUUUUCGAUGUUCACGGAUAAAUUUCAUUAUAAUAAAUUGUAUUAACAUUCCGUUUAAUGACAUUAGCAGGCAAUGAAAUUGUAAUAAGUAUCAUCACCAAUAUCUAUUGUACUUACUUUAGUAAAUUAUUGUUUUGUAUAUAGAGUUAAUGACAUGUAUUAGUCGGUGAGAUCUAUUUAUAGUUAUGUAAUAAUGAUGAAUAUUAUCAAAUAUAAUAAAUUUCUUUAAAGCA